CGAAUUUCACUUGUGCAGUUGGUGAGGUGCCAUCAGAGUGAAUACAAGUGUUAAUGGGUGAAAAUGAGUGUACUUCCAGAAUUAUUUGUGAGCCUAUGUUUCCUUCAAUGCGGAGCAUGGAUGGGCUUUCUGAUUUACAUGCUGCCGGAGCACUAUGAACCCGUUCUGGUGGGACCACAUAUCAUAGCCAUGGCUUCGGCGGGUCUAGCAGCGAUUAUAAUGGCCGGUACUAAGCACCUUUAUGGCCGGGUCAGAUUUUAUCACAUGCUGCUCAUUGCAGCUGGAUCUGUGUCUCUCCUAGGAUGUGGCUUAGCCUUUAUCCUUCACUAUGAAGAUCCCACUGUUGGUGUCUUCUUUGGAGCGAUAGGGCAUGGAAUGGUAUAUGUGACGGGGCUGUGUUACGUCCAUUUCCGCUCCAAGGAUGACAAUUUCCGCGUUACCCGAAUAGGACUCUGCCAUUUAGUUCAUAUGGGAGGAAUGUGCCUAUACGUACACAGCACGGCUCAAUUAGGAUUUAAUGGUCCGGAUAUUGUCUACAGAGCAGGAUGGAUCAUUACAGCUGGAGCCAUCCUAGCCCUUUGCGUCCUACUCCUCAACGAACUUCUCAAUUGCAUGGGAGCGUACAAUUACAAAAAAUGCCGGGAUCCAGUACUUGAGGAUGCAAAUGACAUCAGUGAUCACUUCAAGUCAACCCUUGGAUUAAAUGACGCUGCAUCUCUCACCCAACAGCCUAGCCACAAACGACAAUUUCUAAUUAGUGCCUUGGCUUUAAAACUCAAACUAAUUAACAUUACGUUCAACUAUCACAUUUUCCUCUACUUCACGCACUUCACAAUUCACUACCUCCUCCAGGACUACGACCCUUACUACAACUACCACUACAUCAUGUACUACUUCGGACUUUUAGGAGUUAUCAUUGGGGUCAUAGCUUCCACCUUCUUGAACUACAAAUUGAUCGUGAUGAAGGUCCUAGGAGCAGCCUUCUUAGCUUUAAUUGUUGGGAUACCCCUCCUUACAACUGGUCACUACGGCAUGGCGGGAAUAUCCUUCUGGCUCAUGUACUUGUCACUGGGAAUUGGGUCAUUUGGCCCAGAUGUAGCCAUUCUAGAGGUCUCAAAUAUCCGAAUGACUGAGCUGAUGCUGGCUAAAGGAUACAUUAUGGAACACACAGUUGUCAGCACCAUAAUCUUCCUCUUCCAACGCCAUCCUCAUAUGAUCCUGACAGGAGACAUUGUGUCUACGGGAUGGGCGAGUGGAGGAACAUUUGCCGGACUCUUCCUAAUUCUCCUGAUCAUUUUCACCAUUUUCUUCCCUCAGACACACAGGAAGGGUCUGAUUACCAUCCAGUACAUGGCUCUGUAUAAUCGAGAGGAUAAGCCAGAAGUUCCAAUUAAGCCAGUCACAGCAGAUAUUUCAAUGCCAUCGUAGGAGAAAAUUUGUUUUGAAAAGGAUGGGAAUCACACCGGAAAGACUACCCCGUUCCCGGCUGACAAUAAAGACAGUGUGCAAAAAAAA